CAGAGUCUGUUCUAUAUAAAGUUCCCAGUAGAGAAUUUCCUUAGGUGCGACUAGGGUUUUAGCAACUCCGUUGUUCUCUCUGCGCAGUCUCUUGCUUUCAAGUUUCUAGCAAAGAAUUCAUAAUGGGUAAGGAGAAGGUCCACAUUAACAUUGUGGUCAUUGGCCAUGUUGAUUCUGGCAAGUCAACCACAACUGGCCAUCUGAUCUACAAGCUUGGAGGAAUUGACAAGCGUGUCAUUGAGCGGUUUGAAAAGGAGGCUGCUGAGAUGAAUAAGCGGUCAUUUAAGUAUGCCUGGGUGCUUGACAAGCUCAAGGCUGAGCGGGAGCGUGGUAUCACUAUUGACAUUGCAUUGUGGAAGUUUGAGACCACCAAAUACUACUGCACAGUCAUUGAUGCUCCCGGACAUCGUGACUUCAUCAAGAAUAUGAUUACUGGAACCUCCCAAGCUGACUGUGCUGUCCUUAUCAUUGACUCUACUACUGGAGGCUUUGAAGCUGGCAUUUCCAAGGAUGGGCAGACUCGUGAGCAUGCUCUCCUUGCUUUCACCCUUGGUGUCAGGCAGAUGAUCUGCUGCUGCAACAAGAUGGAUGCUACAACCCCUAAGUACUCAAAGGCGAGAUAUGAUGAAAUUGUUAAGGAAGUCUCUUCCUACUUGAAGAAGGUUGGCUACAACCCCGACAAGAUUCCUUUUGUUCCCAUCUCUGGUUUUGAAGGAGACAACAUGAUAGAGAGGUCAACCAACCUUGACUGGUACAAGGGCCCAACCCUUCUUGAGGCCCUUGACAUGGUUCAAGAGCCAAAGAGACCCUCAGACAAGCCCCUCCGUCUCCCACUUCAGGAUGUCUACAAGAUUGGUGGCAUUGGCACUGUCCCAGUGGGACGGGUUGAGACUGGUAUCCUCAAGCCUGGUAUGGUUGUGACUUUUGGUCCCACUGGACUGACCACUGAAGUAAAGUCAGUGGAGAUGCACCAUGAGUCUCUUGUGGAGGCUCUUCCUGGUGACAAUGUUGGGUUCAAUGUGAAGAAUGUGGCUGUCAAGGAUCUCAAGCGUGGCUUUGUUGCAUCAAACUCCAAGGAUGAUCCUGCCAAGGAGGCAGCAAACUUCAUAUCCCAGGUUAUUAUCAUGAACCACCCUGGCCAGAUUGGCAAUGGCUAUGCCCCUGUUCUGGAUUGCCACACAUCCCAUAUUGCUGUCAAGUUUGCUGAGAUCAUGACCAAGAUUGACAGACGGUCUGGUAAGGAACUUGAGAAGGAGCCCAAGUUCUUGAAGAAUGGUGAUGCAGGUUUGGUUAAGAUGAUUCCCACCAAGCCCAUGGUGGUUGAGACCUUCUCUGAGUAUCCCCCUCUAGGGCGUUUUGCUGUGAGGGACAUGCGUCAGACAGUGGCUGUUGGAGUCAUCAAGAACGUGGAAAAGAAGGAUCCUUCGGGAGCCAAGGUCACAAAGUCUGCUGCCAAGAAGAAGUGAACCGCACAGUUAUGCAUAUCUUCAAUUGAAAUUGAAGAGUACAAGUAUAAUGAUAAUAAAGACUGGUUUCUCGUAUGUAUUUGUAUGGGAUGCAGAGGUGGUGUUUUUGUUGGUUAUAGGUUUACGUGGUCACCUUCAUCGUGUGGCUGUUCCCAGAGCUGGGUGCUUGACCGGCGAUGGCAGGGCUAUUAUGGAGUCUAGCGUGCUUUCCAUGUGUGUUUUUCAUUUUCAAUGUGUUGGAUCAACUGUUAUACUUGUAUAACUUUUUAAGCGCUCAGGAUUGUUUCUGAGCUUACUAAUUAUAGCCUUGGCCUAUUAUGUGAUUGGUUUGGUUAUAUGUGA